AUGGACCAACAGGAGAAAGCAGGCAAAACGGAGCAGAAGGAGCUCGAUCGAUCCGCACAAGGUCGACCGAACCUGUACACGAGACCAAGCUCGAUCGAUCCCAUCGCAGUACAGGGUCGAUCGAUGCAUGCAUUGAGAGGCAGCUCGAUCGAACCCACUGUCGAGGACGCACUCGAUCGAUCCCAUGGCAGAAGCAAGCUCGAUCGAUCCCAUGCAGAGCAAGCCAGCUCGAUCGAUCCCGUUCUAUCUCAGCCGUUCGAUCCCCGGUCAGAUGAUAUCACAGCCGUUCGAUCUACUUGGUGCAAACCGACUUGA